AUGAAUAUGUCGAACUUCACACCAGAGCCGUCCGUUCAGACAAUUAGAUCAACACUUCAUCGGCCAUUGUCGGCCGUGCAACAACAGUUCGUUCAGCAGCAAAUGGAGAAGCCCAAAAAUGAGCAUCAAGAUGAAGUACGCGAUUUCAUCCGCCAGCUCGCCGACUACCCGCCGACGAUUCCAGAUUCUGUAACUUUGCACUUCUUAAAAUCUAGCGGUGUUGAAGGCACUGAUCCAAGAGUCGCCCGUUUGAUCGCGUUAGCUGCACAGAAGCAAGUAUCCGACAUCAUUUUGGACGCGAUGCAAAACGCUCGAAUGAAGGGUCUCGGUCAGACGAAGAAAGGGACCAAGGAGACGAAAUUCACGUUGACCGAGGAGCUUCUUGACGGCGUGCUAUCAGAAUACGGAAUUCGAAACACGCGGCCUCCAUACCACACCUGA